AUGAGAGGCAGUGAGAGGGUGAGGGAUGAAGAGUUUGAUGGAGAGGAUGUGAGAAUUGCGGAUUACUUUGAUGUUGUUGCUGGAACAAGCACUGGUGGGUUGGUGACCGCCAUGCUCGCUGCUCCAGAUGAGAAUAAUCGUCCACUCUUCACAGCGAAGGAAAUCAAUGACUUCUACCUUGAAAAUUGUCCAAAGAUUUUUCCUAAGAAUGGCAAUGGAAUUUUGGGAUCAGUGAAGAGCUUACUGGGUAGCAUCACGGGACCAAAGUACGAUGGCAAGUAUCUACACUCCAAAGUCAAGCAAUUGCUUGGUGGGAUUAGGCUCCAUCAGACUUUAACAAAUAUAGUUAUUCCCACUUUUGACAUCAAGCCUCUCCAGCCUACCAUCUUCUCCACCUUUGAGGCCAAGAAGGAAGCUUCCAAGGAUGCUUUUCUGUCAGAUAUAUGCAUAUACAUGUUGGCCUUGAAUGAAGUUACACAAGAAUGUUUCCUACAAAAUGCGGACUUCUUUCCAAUUAAGCCAGCCGACUAUGGAAAAUUUCUGGUUCUCUCUUUGGGGACUGGAUCAGCCAAGCAAGAAGAGAAAUUGAACGCAUCCAAGGCGUCCAAGUGGGGCGUGCUUGGAUGGCUAUACAACAAUGGCAUGACACCAUUGAUUGAUAGUUUCAGUCAAGCUAGUUAUGAUAUGGUGGACAUCCAUGCCUCCGUCAUAUUCCAGGCAUUGCAUUGUGAGAGCAACUACCUUCGAAUACAGGAUGAUACUUUGAUGGGCGACAUGGCAUCUGUAGAUGUAUCUUCCAAGGAGAAUUUACUGAAGCUUGCUCAAAUCGGCAAAGAACUGCUAAAGAAACCAGUAUCGAGGAUGAACUUAGACUCUGGCACGUAUGAAGCAGUCGAAAUGGUAGGGACAAAUGAAGAAGAACUCAUCCGUUUCGCCAAGAUGCUUUCCAGUGAAAGACGACUCAGGCUUGGGAAGAUGCCUUUGAAUUGA